UCUUGUGGGCCUUGCCAUGUCCAGUGCCUCUGGACUGGCUCCUCUGCCCACUGCAACUUGUCUGCUUCAAGGUGUCCCUUGGCCACCUAGAGGUGGCAGGGGUGCCUUCCCCAUGGCGUGGGGGGUUAGAUCCAUCCCCGGGGAGAGAGGGACUGCAGAAAGACUGACGUGACCGUUUUCCUCCUUGCAGACCCUGGAUGCCGUGGACGUCCUGCUGGAGAGCUUGGUGCUCAGCUCCCCGGGCUCCAGGGACCUGUGGAGAAUCUUGCAGAUGCUGCUGCCCUUCAUCAACAUCAAGCACCCAGCUGUAUGUGAACGGGCCGUGGCAAGGAUCGCAAAGCUGGCCGAUUUGAUGGCCAGCUCUUCCUCAGUGCAGGUCUGGAGCUUGCUUGGACACGACCACAGCUCUUCCCACUAUGACAUCAGCAAGGACCGCUUGCUGGGACAGCUGCUGGGACGUCUCAUUGUUUGCUGGACUAGCAAGAUCUGGGCGAUCCAGCAGGAGGCUUUGGUUGCUCUUCAUCACCUCUCCAUAUUCAUCCAGCACCAAAAAUGCAUGACGUCACCUCAACCAGACAAUUGUCAUGAUCAUCCAGAGCAUCCCCAGGAUGGAGGGAAGAGGGAAGCAGGGAAACCCUCCUGUCUUUCUCUGUGCAGCACGAUUAGCAUGGCAAAGGCAUUUGGGGAAUACCUCCACCCUCCUGAUAAGGCAGUCAUCGUCCUCAGGGCCAUAGAGGCCAUGAGAGACUCAUGCGUAUGUGACAAGGAAGAGUUGAUCAGCGUUGUGAACAUGGCCGUGGCAGAACCUGCCUCCUGGCUGACAGAGGUGCGGAUCAUCACGCGCUGCAUCUAUAACAACUUGCAGCACAUCAGCGCAGCAUCAGCCCGGUGCAGCCUGAAGUCGCUGUUUCUAAGCAUGGCAGAGCAGAACCCCAGGGAGAUGAUCUUGAGCCUUAUAGAUAUCUCUCCAGCAUGUAACAGGUACUGACCCCCACAGCCCUCGUGGGUUUGUUCCAUGUGGGGAGAGGGACGUGGAGGCCCACAGAAAACUGCAGGACACCCCUGAGGAGCUGGGCCCUGUACCCCAUCACUCUCUCCUGCCCUGCUGGGUUGGCCAGGCCUGCAGUAGCCAAAGCUGUCCAAGCCAGACCCGAGGCCUGCCACGAGUUUCCUCCCUGCCCCACAGGGAACAGUUUCAGCCCCCUCCUGCCUGCCCCAUCUGGGACCUGGGCACUCCCAGUGAGGGGUCAGGAAGGGCCAGGGCUGCAGCACAGCCUGGCUGCUGCAGGGCUGGCCCAGGCACCGUGUGGUGGCCAAGGCAGCCCUGCUGACAGUGUUCUCUUUCAGCAAAGUUGCUCAGGCCAUGUGGGAAGCGCUGCUGUCCCAGCCCCUCAUCUUGGUGAAGGUCUUGAGGGAGCUGAGAAGGAACCUCCAGCACCUGCA